UGCUGCGCUUUCAUUACCUGAAGAAAAUUCAAAAUUCAAAAAAUAACUAUACCAAAAGGCAUCAAGUUUAGCACACUUUCAGUGGAAAGGUAUAUUUUCGUGAUAAAUUAUUUAGUUAUCGAUUGAGUAUUCUUAGUGUUUUUAUAAUGUCUGAGAAUCAUUUUUAUGACCUUACUGCUAAAUCCAAGCAAAUCAUUGAACAGUUUACCCAUUGGUUGAAGAUUGCUAUUGACAAGUUCAAAGACGAUCUCGUCGUUGAGUGCAGUGCUUUUGUUUCUGCGAACCUCGUUUUCGACAAGACAUACACGAAAGAUGAAGUUGCUUCUCUUUUCCAGAGUCAGCUCUACAUCUUUCAAGACCUUAUUGACACUCAAAUAAAGGGCAUUAUGGCGGCAUCGACAGAGCUCGUGUAUGCCUUAUUGCGUGAAGUGGACCAAGAGAGACUAGUGCUCCAGAUCGAUACAAUUACUAUUCUAAACAAAGGAGGCGUGAUUGACAUGAUACCGCAUGGAAGGGAGUUGCUAAACGGUCCAGCAAGGCGAUUAGCACCCUUGACGGUUCAAGAGGCAGGUGGAAAGGUGGCACAACAACUUGAGGACUCUAACAAUCAGAUACGUCAACUUCGAAGAAAGCUGCAACAGGUGACAGACGCAUACACACAGAUGUUAAACAGUCGUUCGGAUGAGGCGGCAAAGGUUCUUUCAAUACAGGAUACUACGAGCGGCAAAGAUCGCGUGGCUGUGGAGCCGGCUCAGCGUUGCCAUGAUCGUGACGACGACUUGCAGAAGACCGUUCAACAGCUGCGGCUUGAGGUUUCAGAGGCUAAAAAAGAGCUUACGCAGCGGCUAAGCCAGUCAACUCAAUACCAGCAGGUCAAAAACCUAUUAGCGCAGCGUAAUGUACAACUCAAGUGGAUGCGAGAGCAACUGAAGAGGUACGAUCCUUUGUUCGAAAUAAAUGAAGUGGAUGACAUUGUGAUAGAGGAAGACUAGUAUUUUCCUAGACCAUGAUGCAAUUUUCACUCUUAGAUAAAAAUGACUGCUUUUUUAUUUGUAGAAUACCUUAUUGCUUACAUUGGCUGAUCUCUAGAUAACGAACGUUAUACCUAGCCGUCUCUUUUUUUGAGCCGUAAUUGUAGGACCUAGACAUUUUAGUGUAUUGUUUCUAUUUUGACUGUUCAAAA